CCACGAAUCAGUGUGUCGAAGAAAAACCUUUUUAGAUCUGUGAACUUAUUGAUUCAUUGAGUUAUAACGCUUUACUUUCUCCUCUCUUCUACUCUCAUCUAUACAAUAUACGUCAUUCACUCCGUCGAUCAGUCAGUCAGUCAGUGGUUUAAUAAAAAUCUAUUCACAACAUAUAUAGCUAUCUGUGUCGUAUGUGAUCUAUUCAACCAGAUUAUGAUACAAGUUUUUGAUUAUUGCAAGUUUGGACUUUACCACAGGUAGAAGUGUGACCGUGUGUUAGAGGAUUACCGUUCAAAUGUAUCAUAUGUCAGAAUCUGGUAGUGAAAGCCUGGACACAUUUCAGGAUUUAGGGGAGAGUGAUGAUUGUCAUGAUAUGUCCAUGGAUGAACAUGAGCAUCCGCGGAAACGGUUAAAAAGCAAGGAUGACAAAUUGUGUGGUGUAUGUGGAGAUCGAGCCUUAGGUUAUAAUUUUAACGCCAUUACCUGUGAAUCCUGUAAGGCCUUCUUUCGAAGAAAUGCUUUGAAGAAAAAGAAAAUGAAGUGCCUUUUCCGAGGAAACUGCAUAAUAGAUGUCAGGACCAGACGAUUCUGUCCUUGCUGUCGUCUGCAAAAGUGCCUUGAUAUUGGAAUGAAGGAGAACAUGAUAUUGGGUGAACAUGAAAAACGUCUCCGAAUGGCAAAAGUAACUGAAAACAGAAUGAAACGAGAAGAAAGGGGAAAAGUGAUGAUAAAAGAAGAACCAUUGGACUAUGAUAUGCAACCAAUGGCCGACUCUUCAAAUGCCUGUUCAUCAUCUGUCAUGGAUUCACAAUCCAGUAAUGCCCCCAGUCCAGCUGAUCUUUUUGAACACAUUCCAGAGUCCAUGAUGCCCACAGAUCCAACAUCAUAUCGCCAACUAACUCCAGAAGAACAUGAAUUACUGGAAGAAAUUACAAUUGCAUAUCGUGAAACAGUUGGUAGUUCUUUACCCAAAAAUGAUCCCAAGCAAGAUGAAAGUCAUUUUAAUACGGUGAGCAGUUGGGUCAACAAUUCAGAAUUUGCUGUUCGACGUCUGAUUAAAUUUGUGAAGAAAAUGGCUGAUUUUUGUAGAAUAAAUCAAGAAGAUCAGAUUGCUUCGCUGAAAUCAUCUGUUGUAAAUACUUUGUUGCUUCGAUCUGUGGCAUUCUAUAUUGUUGAAAGAGACUCAUGGAUGACGCCAAAUGGUGAGAUAUCAACAAAAGUACUCAAAACCACAACUCGACACGGCGACCUAUAUGACAGCCACAUAAAAUACUGCCGUAGUUUGAAAUCGAUUGUCAAUAACAAUACAAAACUAUUUGCCUUGAUACAAACUCUAAUAAUCUUCAACCCAGAUGCCCAAAAUAUACGGGCACGAGACGAGAUGUCCAAUGUACAAGAUAAAUACCUUAUAUUGCUUAAACAUUAUCUGGAGCAUGAAUACUCGUUUGAAUUUGCAAAGAAUUACUUUGUAGCCAUAUUAGCAAAAAUAUACGAAAUUAAGAAAAUCAGCGAUAACCAUGCCAAAGUACUUCUACAAGUUGAUCCUGCAGAAAUUGAACCAAUAAUGUUGGAGAUACUUAAUCUAAAGUGAACUCGGCUAAUCGUGAUAACUGUUACAAAAAAACCACAACAUCCUUUAUGAACCAAUCAGGAUAAUUGAUAUGUAAAUUAACAAGAACUUGAACCAAUAGAUUCACAGGGUUAUAUUUUAUCCAUUAUUUUUGUUAACUUUAAUCAUCAGGGAGUACUUAUUGUGACAAUACUAAAUGUGACUAGAAAUGGCCGCUAAAAACAUUGAAACCACAAUCAUAAACUAUGAUAAAUACAAAAGUCUAUAUAUUGUAUAUAGGGACAGAUAACUAUCAUAUAUUAUACAUAGAUACUUAGAAUACAUAAGGAAAUGCCUUAUACAUAUCACAUGUUAGUUGUGUAUGGACCAUGUGCUAUAAAAUUCUUAAUGCACUAUAUGUACGGUUUUCGGAUAUAUAUAUAAAAAGGGUCGGGAAUUGGAUUUUAGAAGAGAUUUUAUUGGUGUGUCUUAUUGACUAUAUUUGGUGCAAAGAUGUUAUCAAGUGCUUGAAUUGUUAAUGAAAUCAUCAUGUGCUGCAAUAAUUUGUGGUGUCCUUGAACUUUCAUCUACAUCCCUGUUAGUGCUUUGUUAAGUUUAAAUUUUUUUGUUAUAUAUACAUGUAUGUGAAUAUAAAGAAAACUGAUAUCGGCAUAUAAAUUAUAAAUAUGUUGAUUAUGAAUAGAUGUUUUUAAAAAAAAAAAAAAGAAAACUGAUAUCGGCACAUAAAUUAUAAAUAUGUUGAUUAUAAAUAGAUGUUUUAAAAAAAAAUAAAAAUAAAAAAAAAUCAGUACAAAAACCCUGUUUUUAAGCCGUGGGAUUUAAUUAUAGAUUGUUAACAAAAGUUAAGUGUCGAAUUGGUAAUGUUUGGAUUACUGAAAUUUAAGCAUCAUAUUGUUAAGUGAUAUGUCCAGAUGACUGAUAGUUAGGCAUUGAAUUGUUAAAGGUACAUGUUCAGGUUGCAGUGUCUUGAUCCUUAAGAAAUUUACAUAUUUGGAUUACUGAAAUUUAAGUGUCUGGAUUGUUAAAAGAAAUACAUACGCAUUUCCAAAAGUUAAAUGUUCGUACUGUGAACGAUACAUGCCAGGAUUACUAAAAAUUAAACGUUCGGAUUGUUCACGGUUAAAUGUAAAAAUAGCCACAUGUUACACAGCCCAGUUUCUAAGUUAAAUGUCUAGAUUGUUGCAUUUCAAUGUAUCCGGAGAUCUAGAUUGUAUAAUUGUGUAUCCGGAGGUGAAAGCAUAUAAUUAAACUGUGUCAAUGAAAAUAGGUCUCUUCCUGGUAACAAUUUAUUUUAUUCCGGUUUAGAGUAACACUGUAAAUGUUUUAUCAGUGUCAUUAUUUGUGUUACAGUGUAUGAAUGUUUAGAAACAUCAAGAUUUGUUGAUACCCGUGCCAUAUUGGAGUUAUUUUUUUUUUUAAAAAACAAAAAAAAAUGAUAGACAUGUACAUUUACUCUUCAAUUUGUUUAACCACUAUCAACAAAAAAACUGUGAAAAGCUAUGGACAAAAGGUGAAAAAAACCUGAAAUAAUAAAACUUAACCCGGUGAUCGAUGCUGCUUACUUAAUAUUAUUGGAUUAUUGUUGUGGCCUGAUCCAUGUGUACCCACAGAGACUUAAUUUGUUUUUCAGCCUGAAUGCCUUGUUUUAUUAAACAAGUUCGUUUGUUAUAUAAUGAUUUAAUACCCAGUGAUCAUGUUAAUAAAUUGAGUUUUUUUAAAUAAUCAAAUAUUGACGUCUUGUAGCAAAAUUAUAAAUUUGCUGUACAGGAUUUUUGUUUUAAGAUUUUUAGUGGUAGCUAAAGGAAGCGUUUAUAGUUUAAUGUUAAUUAUUUCACGACACAAUGUUUCCUUGUUUUGUUGAAGGUAAAAUGGCUAAAAAUGUUAAUAUAUGUGCCAAUCAGUAAUAUUAGACUAUUAAUAAACCAGUAAUUAAAUUAUUAUCAUAUGUCCACAUUUUAAGGGUGUGUUAUAUUGUUGUUACCCUGUCUGUCCAUUCAUCCACUUGCCUGCUGUUUACAUAUCUUGUUACCCCUACUAAAAGGUUACAACAAUCCAUAUAUCUUUUUGAAAUUGAUAUGGGUUGUUUGUCAUAUAGUAAUGAAAAAUUUUCCAUGAUUUUGUAUGUUAACUACCAGAGUUAUUCCCGUUUGUUGCAAAUCUUAUGAGCACCUUAGGGGCUUCAUUAUCUGAUCUUUUUAAAAAAUUUAUGAGUAGUUCAGCUUAUGUCUGGGCUACUUGGCUGUUGGUGGGCAUAUUUUUUAUUACCUGGCAACUUAGGUAAUAAGAAGUUAUCUGCUUAGUUUCUGACCAAACAAAAAUCACAAUUGAAUUAAUAUAACAUCAAAAGGGAGUGCCAAAAGAGACAGGACCAAUUACCCUAAAAGUUGAUGUAUAUUUUAAUUGUUUUUAUAUAAUAUUAGAAAUAAUCUUAGAUUCACAUAAUUAACAAAAUUUAAAGUACCCACAUAAAGUAUUUUACAGAAUCUUUUGUUGAUUUACAUGUGUUUGAAAAUAUCUUCCAGAAUCACAGAGUUUUUAAAGUUUUAAAAUAACCAUACUUAAGUAGUUUAUUAUACCGGACAAAAACACUGUAUUUCUUUAGGAGAAUUUCAAUCUCAGAAAUUAGUAACAAAAUGAUGCAUGAAGCCUUCACUUCAGGCCUUCACCCAUAAUACAUCUGAUAGUGCCAAUACAGAUAUUUUCAGUUCACUGAUAAAAUGAAGAAAGUUAAAUUUAACAACAGAAAAUUUAUAAGAUUUCAGUAGCUAGAUUACAACCGUUUGCUUUUACUUUAAUUUUUUGUGGCCUGGAUUUUUGGUUAGCCCAUAGGUGCUUGCCUUAUUUGCCUCAUGGUUAAUCCGGCACUGCAUAUGAUAGAGGUUAUCUAUUUUGUCUCUAUUUUAAAGAACCAUUACUAUGUAAUGUUGUAUUUCUACCCUUUAUACUCUGCACCUGUGGUUAAAUUAAACAUACAUUAUGCAAGAGCUAAAUCUGACUAUUGCAGGUCUUUUUUUAGGCCUGAAAUGUUAUCUAAAUUAUUAAUUAGACAUUAAUUAACUUGUCCAGACCAUAAUCAACUUGAGAUGUCAUCGCUAGCCUGCUAUAUUUACUGGAUUUGUAUCCGAUUUGCUUCUCAACUUUCAUUCAUCAUUAAAUCAUGAAAUGGAUAAUCGAGACUAUGUUUCUUAUCGUACCGACUUUAGUAAUGAUGAUCGAGUCUAGGCCGAAAAUUUGAUCGCUAAAUUCUUGGUUCAGAGUGGAUAAAUUUGUCUGAAAUUUUCAGCAAAUAACCUUUACAUUAUCUAGUUUUGUAACUAUUAUAGUGAGAACUGCCAGCUCUUUAUCUAAUCUCCCAUAAUGUAUCAUUAAAUUAGUGAUAUAAUACCCCUUUCUAAGGAAUAGAAAAUUAAAUUAUUUGAAAUACAUGUGCAGAUGUGGUUAAAUAUAAUUAGUGAUAUAAUACACCUAAUUCACCUUCCUAAAGGAUGGAAACUUAAGUUAUUUCAAAUACAUGUAACUUUGAAUUAUUUGAAUCUGUGUUUGUGGUCCAUUAAUUAAGAUAUGAGAUCAAAUUUUAAUUAAUUUUAUAGUUUACAAACGCCAGUAACGUGUCUGUCUUCCUCACGCCAUAUAAUGUUGCCAUAAUAGAGACUUUUGGCAAGCGGAUUUUUCCCAUCCGUAUCCCGUAUCCGUAUCGUAUACGUGAUACGUUGCGUCAAUGUAGUUUUAGAGUUUUGGCAGAUUUUAGCAAUUUUUGGUUUCACUAAUGUAUCAUUUCAGAAAGUUUAGCCCAUAGAUCAACCAGUAUGCAGACAGGCGGGAAAAAUAUGAAAAUUCCGAGAAAAACCCAUCAAAAAUAAUGAUUAAAUUGCAGUCGUUAUCACUGUUAAAAUCACAUCAAAUAUACACCUUCGUGUUCCAGGAUACACAUAGAUUCAUAAAAACGCUAUGAUGCAACAUUUCAGCGUCUAAAAGUAGCAAAAAAGACGGUAAAAAGACGACAGUGUUAUACGGACCAUUUCCGUAUGAAAGCCGUUCCAUACGUGCUGCCGUAUCCGUGUGCCGUAUCACGUAUGAGAAAUACACAGACAUUGAUGACGUCACACGCAAAAUCCAUACGGAUACGCGAUACGGACCAGGAAAUUAUGCUUGCCAAAAGUCUCUAUUAGCCACACAACGACUGCUUGUGGCAUCAUAGCAAUACGACUUCCAGUGACUGGUAUUCACGCCUUCUUGUCAGGUGUCCAUCUUGGUUUUAUCGUUGUGUCUUCCACAGAACUGUAGAAGUUGUAAUUCUUUAAAAUCCACACUUUAUACCCCAGCUUUGCAUCAUAAAAUCGUAAUUUUCAACAUUCCCAUUCUGUCAAAAUUCAUUUUUUUGUGUUUGGGAGAAUUGAUCUUUGGUGCGUUUAUUUUAAUCGUGAAAACAUCCUUCUCACAAGUUACAGUCGGAUCGGAUGUUGUUACAUUAAGAAUAAUGUCCAGCCAACAAUCAUGCCAAAAAUCACAUUUCAGCUGCAGGAUAUCUCGCCAACACUUAAGUCAAAUCAAUGGUGUAUUUUCAUUGUGUCUCGGUAAAGUUAAGUCUGAGAAAGUUUAAUGAUUUUGUGACUGAACCACUGUUUUCCUAGAGCAUCUUUGAUCUUACCAUGGAUACCGCCCUUGCCAACCAAGUUGAUCAUGACUUCAGAUGUUCAGUAUUUGUUUGAUAGUUUUUAGAAUUGAGAUGAGUAUGCUUCAAAUUAGGCCUUAGCUAGAUAUAUCCACAAGCAAUUUAAAGGACAGCUUUAUAAACUUGAAGACAUGUUCAAUAUUUUUUCAUGUUCUAUCUGUAAAUGUGAGCUAACCUGUUGCUAAAUUGAAUUGAGAAAGUACACGUGGGAUUACACAACGGCCAACUCUAUUUACUUUACAUGACCCAGUGAACGCAUUACUUGACUGAAGAGACAACGCAUGUCUGACAGUUACUGGAUUUUGAGUUGAAAUUUGAUUUAACGUCAUACCUUUCUGCACCAACUGGGUAUGUAAAUAUGGUUAUUGGAUUUUGAAAUGAAAUGAAGUGGGGUUUAACAUCCUAUUUUUCUGCACCAACUAGGCUAAUGAAGAGAGUUAUUGGAUUUUGAAUCAGGAUGUUUGCAAUGACACGUCUUGAUAUCAAUAUUUCUACUUGAAUACCUAGUUAAUCUAUUUUUUUAGUUGUUCUCCACUAUUCCACUUAUUUUCAAUCAAUGAACGUAUGGAUGUUUUAAAAAUAUAUUCUUUCAAGGAUAUUAAACCCGUAAAUUUUUCAAAUCUAAAUUAGAAAAUAAAUCUAUAUGGUGUAUGUGUUUUGUCCACACAAUUGUUUUCAAAUAAUUUCAUUUCUUCGUAAAACCAUCCCUACUAAUCAAAACUUGAAUUUAUGACAAUAAACAAAACCCAAAUUGUUCACAAAGUUAUAUAUUCUAAAACUAUUCUUGGAUUGGUUUUUAUAAACAUCAACAACAAUGUAUGUACUUGCAGUUUUAAAUAACAAGUACAGCUUUAAAAAUUGACCAUAUAUGGAGAAAUACAAACAUGAUAUGUAUAAAAGGAGUUUACUUUGUCGCUGAUUUUAUGAUAAAAAUCUAUUUUCUACCUAUUAAGAUAUAUGUGACAUUUAGCAAUCUGAACCCAUUUUUAAAAAAAAAAACACGAACUAUUCUGUGGAACGAUAUCUACAAUUAAAAGUUUAUUAAUAGUCUUCCAUGGCAGCGUUUGUUUACAAAAAUUAAUGUGUUUUUCCUCUGGUGAAAUUUAUUGGUUUUAUUAACAAUUUCAUUAGUUUAAAUGUGUUAUAAUAUAUUGCUGUGAUCACUGUCUGUCUGUCCGUAUAUCAUGCAUAAUUUCUUCUGAACACUCUAUAGACUACAUUUUUUACCCGAUAUAUUUUGCACACAUUAAUAUGACGAUACAACCUAUUGAAUUUCAGCUAUUUCUGAUUUUAACUUCUGGAGUUAGAGAAUCUUCUAAAUACUCUAUCCACAAAAAUUUAUAUGUCCGAAAUUUAUAUGCAUUGUUCAGAUUAUGAUGGAAAGAAGCCUACCAAAGUUUUGUUAAUUAUUUCAGACUUCAUUGCCUUUGCUCAUUUUAUUAAUGUUCUAGCAACAAAAAUUAGUUUAAUGAAAUGAAUAAACUUAUCAUAUUUCAAUGAUUCUGUUAAUUAUGGACCUAGUGAAGGCAGAAGUGAUCAAUUGAUUUGAUUUAAAUGUAUGUUCUUUCUGUCAAUUUCUGCUAUGGAUAACAAUUACAUAAAGUUUUCAUUAUAUCUUCUAAAGUUAUUACCUUAGCUUGAUUAUGAUGAUACCUAAAACUUCACAAUGAAACAUCCUUUAAGCGCUGCUCGAUUGUCUGAGCUACUGUGGGCAUGUUUUGUUGCAUGGCAACGCUUUUUAGUAUGCAUGUAUGGAUUUAUCAGUGUUGCACUAGAAAAAAAAUCAAUCUGUCUGAUAGUGUCUAUCGGUAAAUUGAUUGAAAUUACCAAGAAUGUAUGAUACAUAAUAGUUGAAUUUUCACUGCCAUUAUAGAAAUAAAUGUUUAAUUGGGAUAAACUGUGGUAGUGUUUAUCAGAAUGGAUAAUACAUCAAUUAUUCAAUAAUAAUAGAAUUUACACAGGUUUUCCAUUUUAAAAUUGCAUGCACUAGAGUUCAGAUAAGGUUGUGAGUUGCUAAAAUUGGAACAUUAAAAGAGUAGGCCAUUGAAAUAUUUGCAAAACGCAAACAGAUAAAGUCUUAAUGUCUUUAAAUUAAAAAAUUACUUUUGGAUUCACUUUAUCAUCUCUAAUUUUAAAAUAGCAGUAGGUGAAGAUAGAUUCUUGUGUACUUUGUUUAAUUGUGCACCCAACGCUUUAUUCACUACAUAUGCACCCAGAACCUUGAUCAUUACAUAUGGAUGGAGACAAUAUUGUCAGUUUAUUAUCGAACGUUUGUAUUUUCGUUAAGAUUCUAUUGAUAAAACACAGCCGUGAAAAACAAUUUGGAAAAGGGUGGUGUUGCUGACGAUAUCAUCAUCCGAGUUAACAUACUCCUUGUCACUGCCAGUCACGCCAUGUGAAAUCUUGCUAUCAACGUUGGUCUGUCAGAUGUGGUCCAUAUUACACUGACGCUUGUAACAUGAAAAAUCCUUUUCAAAUAUACCAUUAAUCUGGGGCUAAUUUAUUAGGUUCAUGAUCAUAUAAGCUAAAGAUUCAAAUUCAGGGGCAAGGGCAAAUAACUCGUCUGAAACCGCUUCUCAAUCAGUCAAGAAUUUACUGUGGUCCGUGAAACGGCAAUACGGUAGUAUUAUUUCUGGUCAGCGCUAAUAAUGUUUUGUAUAGAAACAGUUAACUUGCCUGGUCUAUGUUUCUUCCGGAAGCUCGUGUCUGAGCUAGAAUUGUAUGUCAGAAUAAACAAAAACUGACUACAUAUUUAAACAGGCAUUUUGUAAGAGCUAAAUCUGCCUAUUGCAGGUUUUUCUUUGGGCCUUAGAUGUUAUAUAAAUUAUUAAUUAGACAUUUAUAAACAAGACCAUAAUCAAAUCUCGAUGACAUGGGAUUUCUUCUUUGGUAUUUCUUAACGCCACUUUCACUGAUUGGGGAAUAAUAAUGACUUUAUUUAAGAAGGGUUGAAGAUUAGGCUAUAAUAGGCUUUCUAACAUCCUGCCCUUCAUAGAAAAAAUAAUACAAAAGAUAUAGACUGACAAAAUAAAAUGGCUUGACACAGGAUUGUUGCCAAAUAGAAUUAUAUUUCUUACCUACGGUGGUUCUUUAAUAUUACAUUUGAUGUUUGUUCAUCUGAUUUUUUACAUCUGAUAAAUAGAAACAGAACUUACCUCCUGCAUGUUUAUCGAUUCCAUAUGCUAUGUCAAGACUCCUGUAGUUUAUAUUACAUAACCAAAUCUGUAAAAACUCCAUCUAUUUAAAUCGAUUUUAAGUGCUGUUGGGUCACUAAGAGCUGGAUCCAUGGGCGGGAGGAGAGAUGUUCAUCCUCCUGUUUUGUCUGUAACUACUGGGUUAUCAAGAGGUAGAAGCAUGGGUAGAUGCUGGGAUGUUCAUCCUCCCGUUUUGUCUGUUACUUUUACCGUGUUAUCAAGAGGUAGAUCAAUGAGCGGGUGCUGGGAUGCACAUCCUCCUGUUUUGUCUGUAACUACUGGGUUACCAAGAGGUAGAAGCAUGGGUAGAUGCUGGGAUGUUCAUCCUCCCGUUUUUGUCUGUUACUUAGAGCAGUGGGCGGGUGCUGGAAUCCUCAUCCUCCCGUUUUGUUUUUAAUUUUUACUGGUGACAUUUUCCAACAUGCCCUAUUGCUUGUUGAUUACACUGUUAUUCGAAAUUUGAAUACUUUCAAAACCAACAUCUUAAAUUUACAUAAACUCGACUCCCCGAUCAAACUAAUGGACUCCGCUCCUUUACAAGAUACCGGUUGAUUAUUUGAAAUAAGAGUUUGGGAGCUCGUGCGUCAACCAGAGUGGCAUUUCAUUGGUCUGAAUCAAAUUUUGUAUCAUAUGUUUUCAGGGGUGGGGGUUGGUGAAUAAUUAUUAAAUACAACCUUGAUCUAUAUUGUUUUUUAAGAAUUUUGUAUAUUUGUUCAGAUAUGCGACAAUUUUUUUUAUAAUUAACUAUUACUAAUAAAAUAGUGAUGGGCGGUGCUCCUAUAAUUGAGAGACACGCUUCCAAAUGUCAGCAAUUUAUAUGCGUCGAAAGAGAAGCGUGUCAGUUGUAGUCUGCGUGAUGGAGACUAAUAUUUACAAUCAGUAUAAAGCAUUGUUUGCAAAUAAUUACUCAUCGGAUCAUUGUAAAUUGAUCCGUUGCGUAGACAUUUGCUGCUGAGCUACCUAUAUAGAUGAAAAGUUAUAUGUCUCAUAUUUUCAAUGGACAGAUUUAUCUUGAGCUCUACAGACAUACAUAGCUAAUGUUAGUUAAACCUAACCAUAUUUUAUAAGUCAUUCAUUAUGUCCAAUGGUAGAAUACUGCACUUUAAUUUAAGCUCGUGUAAUCUGAAUACAGCUGACUGGCAUUAAUACCAUUAUAAACUCUAUUUAGAUGUCAGUGGUUAUCUUUUCAGGAAGAAACGGAAUAGAUUUAUCUAAGUAAUAUUAGAUGAAUGUUAAAGUAAUUAAAUGGCGUAUAGCUCUAUUCUUUAUAAUCUUAAAAUAGACGAAAUGGGUCUGAAAGCACAUGUAAUAUGAAUGUAUAUAAAGUGAUUUAUGUUCCAUUUAAAAAAAAAACAAUUGUAAUUUCUAAUCAUUUAUGUUUGGUGAAAUACUUGAACAGUCUAAAUUGAACAGAAGUUGUUUUCGCCUGCACAGUCCAUUCUACACGGUUUUUGUCCCCCGCCUUUCGAACAAAGCAGGGAGCGAGAAGCAUUUUGAUUGGUCAAGACUUUGGAACAUAAAAACUCUGCUUUUAAUUGAGGUAGAAUGUUUAAACCUGAUGUAGAUGUUCAUUAGGUGAAUGUCUUGACUGAUUUCAAUGAUUAACAUUUCAAGCUAAAGCUAAGCAGAGCUAAUCAAUUUCAUUGGUCGAUGCUUUGGGACAAGAUAAUCUUGAUUCUAUCUGAUAGAGAGUGAUGAACUUUAGUGUGUAGUUUGAUUGCUCGAAACUUUUGAAAAAAAUAAAUGUUCGAUUAAUUAAUAUGUGUCAUCUAUUUAUUUUGGGAUUUCGGCGGGGGACAUCAGCCUCACUGUUGGUUUGUUUUAUUAUUAUUUUGUAGUUUUUUAAUCAGCCAUUACUAAUUACUUCCGCAUUGUCUUUUGGGUUGGAGUAUACGGUGUAUAAAAGUGAUUAUAAAAUGUUCUUUGUAUCAUCAAGAUUGGAAAUAAGGAUCCUAUGUUUUUACGGCAAGAUAACAUUGAUAGUCACAAAUAAUAGUAUAGAUAUAUCAUCAUAUCUGACAUUACAUAUUCAUUAUAUCCAGCUGUUUUAAUUUGGAUUUUACUACAUGUAUGUUGCAUUGUUAGUUGUCACGCACAUAUUGUAUAAACCAAAAAGCUUUAACGACCUAUAUUUUCUCAUCGACUGGGUUAAUGAAGACGAACGUACGCCAUACAGUGUGCUAUGAUGGGAAUUUUGCCCAAAAAGCUUGAAACUGUGAUUGAACCACGGACCCAGCUCCCUAGUCAUCGUUCCAUUAAUAUGUCGAAUUUCGAGGGCGUAUAUUAUUUCCUGAAAAACAAGAUUCGAGUAAACCAGAAUGUUAAAAUUCUGCUGCAGUCUUUCAUACCGUUUAAAUAGAUAUAAUGUAUUGUUAAGAACUGUAAACGAUUCGUGAUUUUAGCUCUCUGACUUACAAUAUGAUUUAAACCCGGUUAUGGAAAAUGAACAAGAAUAAUUGUUCUUAUAUCGAUUUAUCCCGGUAAUUUUUAAUACCGUAUGAUUCCGGUUAUCAAAACCUCAUUAUUAUUAUAAAUGCCUUUGGUGCAUAUGAAUAUACUGCUCUCUUGUGAUUUUAAUUGUUUAUCUUAUUAUUAACAUCUGUACAUAGUUGUUCACAGAUUUAAGGGAUAUUUUCUCUUGAUGUUGGGAAAAUGUUGAAUUAUCUUAUGUAAUAAUAAUGGUUAUUGCCUGUUACUGUACUGAUAAAUAGUUUAUGAGUAUAUAUAGAUAUCAUAUCACCCACCCAGAGAGUAACGGAAUAUAUUUAAUUAACUGAUGUUACUUGUAUAAUGUUUAUAUUUAUUUUAAAUACCGUUUAAAUUGUUGAUGUGUCUGGAAUUUAAAUGCUAUGAACCUUCGGAAGAAAUUAACACAUUUUGGUUUUUGUCCUUAUAUUAAUGUCCUUUGUUUUUCUCCUUAUAGUAAUGUCCUUUGUUUUGUUUUUAGCAAAUGAAACAAUUUUUUUUUGCGAUGUAUUGUUUCUGAUGAUGAGAAAUAAUGGGGAAAACAAUGUGUAUAAUUCAAAUGUUUGUUGGUUUACUGUUUGUGAUUUACAAAAACAUAUGAUGUAGAAAUAAAAUUCUUUAUGAUA